UCCACACCAAAGGGGGCAGUAUGGCACUAAACGUCACUAGUCUACCGGAAAUAGAAGUAGGCGAAAGCUAGCAGUAACAGUUCAAAGUAAGCGAUAAGGCCGUUUUAAUGUAUUUCGUCGCUUUUGUUCGUUGUUCUAUACGACUUUGUUGGACCUCCCGGCAUUAUAGAAAUAAUUCAUAAGACGUUUAAUUACAUUUAAGUGUUGCAGAGCGCGUCGUUUUAUUCUCGUCUCAAUGAUGGUGAAGCUUCCCGGGCUAGCUUAGCUUGCUAGCUGCUAACAAAGAGAAAGUAAAAGUCUUCAAGACUUCACUAAACUGAGAUCAGAUGUGAGUGCAAAGUGAAAGUGAAAGUGUCGCGCUCCUGUGGACAAAUGAUGGAAUAGAAGAAGAACUUUCUGGAUCAAAAAGAGGAGAACAUCAAAGUUGUUUCCCGCAGAACAGCAGACACCAGUGAAGAACAUUUUCAUCCUCAGCAGCAGGAGUGGGCCUCCGGGAUGGAGCAGGAGGAGCCACGGCCCCCCCAGAUUAAAGAAGAAGAGGAGGAACACAUCAUCAACAUGGAGGGAGGCCCUCUUGAAGGACUGGAGGAGUUCCCAGUCAUCCGUGUCGUCGUGAAGAGUGAAGAAGAUGAGGUCAAAGGUGAAAGUGAAGAGAAGAGAGGAGCGGAGAGACCAAGCAGCAGCUCAACUCAACACAUGACGACAAAAGCUGAUGGUGGAGGAUCACAAGCAGACUUAGUUGCGCUCUCAGAUAGAGACGACACCACUUCACACUCUGCUGAGAAUGACGAUGAUGAAGACUCCAAAGUGGAUCCAACAUGUCCGACCGACAACACACACUUUAAAUGUUCUCACUGUGACAAAACUUACGGCAACAAGUCGACUUUGAAAACACACAUGAUGAUUCACACGGGCGAGAAACCAUUCAGCUGCACAUUCUGCGGAAAAAGAUUCUCCAUCAAAGGACGCAUGAUAACGCACACAAGGACGCACACAGGGGAAAAACCAUAUGCCUGCUCGGUGUGCGACAAGAGCUUUUCUCACCAGUCUGCGUUUGUGCGGCACAAAAGGACGCACAUGAGCGAGAAGCCCUUCACCUGCAACGUUUGCGGUAAAUGCUUCGCCCUUGUCGGAGGUUUGAAAACCCAUCUGAGGACUCACACGGGCGAAAAACCCUAUUCUUGCUCCGUGUGCAGCAAAGGUUUUUGCGACCAUUCGUCGUAUGUCCGGCACGCCAGGACACACACCGGGGAGAAACCCUAUUCUUGUGCAAUCUGCAGCAGGAGUUUCACGCAGACGUCGGCGUUGGUCAAGCACGCCAGGACGCACACCGGGGAGAAACCCUUUGUCUGCCUAGUGUGCGGCCUGAGAUUAACCCAGAAGUCGCACUUGACCACACACAUGAGGAUACACACCGGCGAGAAAGUGUUCAGUUGCCGCGUGUGUGAUGAGAGGUUCUCCUACAAGUACCAGGUCAACGACCACAGGUGUGCUGGGGAGAACAGCAGCAGUCAGUGCCAGGAAUUUGACAAACUUUGACUCCCACGCUCAUAUUCAUGGGCUUCAAUGGCAUUAUUCUGAAGUUGACCAGGUCAGAUUUUUUUGAAUCAUCGAGACCUGUUUGUGUUGUCUUUGGAGAAGAUUUACAAUUUGUGUUGAUGACUGACAGUUCAUAAUAACGUAUUUCCUUGAAUUGCCGCCGGGGCGCUAAUUAAUUGAAAACCUCUUCUCACUCCGGCACUUACCAAAGGCAUGCGGUAAAGGCAAGCAUGCGCUAAUUAUUUUAAAACCUCUUCUCACUCCGGCACUUACCAAAGGCAUGCGCUAAUUUUAGGCCUGCGCUUAUAAACUUGAGUGUGAUGUAAGGAUACCAUCAUGAAAAGCACAUUUAAUUAAAAAAAACUUUAUUAUGGUCUUACCUUUACUUAUAAAUGAAGUCCAUGUGCAGCUCCUUCUGAUCAAAAGCAUCGAUAACUUGUUUAAAGAAGUCUUCCUUAUCUUUCUUCAGAUUUAAAAGUCUCUCUGUCUCGAUGGAGAUCUUCCUUUAUUACCUCCUGCUUUGAUUGAAAGUCCAGUUUAGAAAACUGUUUUAUUUUAGAUAUGUAAUCCUCCAUGUUAAAAGUGCAAGUGAGAGGAAAAAAUAAAGGAUCGCUGCUCACUCUUGCUGCUUGUUGUCACUUCUUCUGCAGCCGAGUAGUCGCAAGAAGGAUCACUAGCGCCCUCUACCACCAGGAGGCGGGAGUCAUUUAAUGACUCCUAUUUGACACACGCAGCUACGGUAUAUUAAUAAAACAUAGCUGCUUACUGUUCUUUUUAGUAUAUUCAAUAGCUUGGACCCUAAAUCCUACUGAAUAGCUCUUAAUCUUCUUCCCUUUAUGCGAUUUCAAAUUUUUGAAAUCAGCCUCCUCCAUUUUGAAAAUGAUGACAGGUGAAGUGUCACUCGUGACGUGACGAGUUUGACCCGGCGGAAAUUCUAGGCCUUUGCUAAUUAUUUGGCGAAAGGAGUUUGACCCAGCGGAAAUUCUAGACAUGCGCUAAUAAAAAUAACAUUUUGUGAAACGAGUUUGACUCGGCAGUAAUUCUAGGCAGGCGCAUACUAUAUACCCGGCGGCAAUCCAAGGAAAUAUGGUAAUAAUAAUAAUAAUAAUACAUCACAUUUAAAUAGCACUUUGAGAAAUUAGUCUUUUAAAAUAUGUCAAAAAAUGCAUCUUAAAACUACAUCCCUAUAUCUAAAACCAGUUUAAGAAAAGAAAAAUGAGUGAGAAUGUGGAAGCAAAGCAGGGCAAGUCUGAUAAAGGCUGGUUUGAGGGCAGUUUUGAAAGAUGCCCUUGAGCAGGGCACUGCUUGGGGGCCGUUUGUCUCUGCCAUUGCAUGCCUGCAUGUGUGUGUGGUGGUCUUCUACACAAAGUCUUCUUCUUACAGGGAUGAUUGUCAGACUCCUUACCAGAGACGCGGUCUCUCCAGUUGUGGCGCAGACAUGUAGGACAUUUGGGAUCCGAGCUCACCUACGUAGUUCUUUCUGGAGCAAGACUGGAACUUGAGGUGAGACGACCCUUUGUGUGGACGUCAAACUGUAAAUACUGACAUCACUAUUUGUGUCUGCGACAACAAACUAAUCAAUAAAUGCUUCCAAGCGUGUCAAAA